AUGGAGGAUGGAACACUGGAACUUGAUGCUGAGACGCUGCUGAAGAAGACGCCUCUGCCCAAGGCCGCAGCGGAAUUCUCCAGCAUCCACAUUGUGCAGACUUCAGGAGUCAGCGCCAAGAUCGCAGCUGCGCAAGUGAAGAAUUCGGCCGCCAAGAUUGGGAAACCCUGCGUGGUCCAUGAUUGGCCCACUUUGCCGGCUGAUGCGAAGGCGGAAUUUGAUGCCUUGUAUGCUCUGGGCAGCGAUCUGAUUCUGCAGGGCGCCAACCGAGCCACUCUGCUGGUCUUUGUGGGAGCUGGAAACCCCGGAGAGAUGGCCCUGGCGGUGAUUCUGGCCAUGCUUCCAUUCCGUGGCAUUCAAUUGGCUUAUGUGACUCCAGCAGAGGACUACCACGAUCCCCUGGAGCCCCUCACCUCCCCGAGCGGCGUCUUCGAGUACCACGCGGCGCAGCCGGAACGCAUGGGCCGGGCCGCCCUGGCUGCCAUCUUUGGCCCGCUGGGUGAUCGGACAUUUAAGAAACCGUUGGAUGAGUGGAAGCCCCUGCGUCCUGACGCGCAUCCCGAAGAGAAGCCGGCGCCCUUCAAGAUUGGCGCGUUGGACCUGCCCAUGGUUACCUAUGAGGGCGAAUAUUCCGCAGGAGUUGAACGCUUGGCCACACUGCUGGUGGAUCACUAUGGUAGCGACCUCUUCCCGGUGGUGUCCGUGGGCGAGACUGGAGACGCCUUGGGCUACGGGGAUGAUUUGCUGGAAGCCCUGGCUUCAAAGGACUGCCCUGGGUACUACUUCUCCCAUGCUUCUGGCGAGACCUGCAAGAGCCCUGAGGCGUAUGGCAAAUUGGAGCUGCUGAAGGCCAUCGGAGCUGCCAAGAAGGCCCGGAAGACCGUGGUGAUCAUCGCCGUCGGUGGUGGCGUGAACGGCAACGCCACCGGCAUGAUGGCCGCCAUGGCUGGCUCAGUCUUCAUCGAGGUGCCGACCACGCUGAUGCACUACAAUGACGCCACAACCUCUGCAAAGAAGGCCUUCAGUUUGGUGCUGAAUGGACAGAUUCUUUCGAAGAACAUCCUGGGUACCUUUUACUUGCCUCAGCUGGUCUUUUGCAUCAGCGAAACCUUUCUGACAUUGUCCAAGUGCAGCGUUCAUGCCGCCGUGGGCGAGGCGUGCAAGACGAUGGGCAUGUUGGGCAUUGCCAAUUCCUCCACUGGACAGCAGGAUUGGCACAACAUCCUUGGGGGUGUGGAGUUUGCGAGCGACUUCACCAAGAUCAUCGACACAGUUGGAGGCUUUGAAGAGCUGAUCCGCUUCUUGCAGCAGACCAGAGAGUUGAAAGCCAAGGCUUUGGCAUUGGGCGAGGAGUUGAGCGGCAUGCGCAUGGAGAGGGCAUCUUAUGGACAAAUGGCGAACGUUGCAAAGCAUCGUGAGCGGCGCCUGAGGGAACUCAGGCAAGUUUUCCAUGGUCAGUUGUCCAAAGAGGCGCGCGAUGCGGUGAUCCAAUUCCUCACCGUCAUCAACACAGAGAUCAUUGCGGCCAAAGCGAUGUUCUUGGCUUAUUCCGACCCCUUCGAGAAGUACCGCGCUCUCUUGUUCGAGUACGCUCACACCUUGGGCCAUGGUGUGGAGGCUUUCAUGAACGGUUUGUACCGAAGAGCUUCCCUUUGCGGCCUUGACUACUCAGAAGCCUUCAGGCUUCAUGGUCAGUGUGUGGGCAUGGCCGUGCUUUGGGCUGGAGAGAUGUCAAAGUCGCAGGGGCUUCUGGAUGGGGAUGGUUUCCUGGCACAUCAGGCACUGCUUUACACCUUCAACCGCUUCGGCGGAUACGACUUCGCUCCCCUGCGACGCCUCUGCGACCAGUUGGAGGUUUCGAAGGACGAGUUCUGCGAAGGCGUGUUGCAGGUUGUGAGACGCGACAACAAGCGAGGCUACUGCAAAUGCCGGGAGGACAGCUCUGUGGAUCAGCUGGUCCGCGAGCGUCCCGGCUGCCUACUGCGCAGUAGCGAUCCGGAGGCUGAGCUCCGAUACCUGGUGGAGGUGACAGAAGACUCACAGCGAGCGGUGCUGGAGAGAGCCUUCGAUUGUGAGUUUGACAAGGUGGCACUGCUGAAGGAGAACCAACUGCAUUUGGUUUCGAGAGAGCACAGUUCGACCGAGGGAGACCAGACCCAAACCGCCAGCGCUCUGCGCGGCCUUAUCGCCAGCCUCUAUUAG